AGAUCAACGUAUAACCGUCUUCUUUCUUUCAAGCUCUGACUACGGGAUACUAAGGCCCCAUGGUUCACGCAGUCCGACGUCUGCAAGCGAUCCAAAAUGCGCUCACAGACAAUCCUGUCAGCGCGGACAAGAAGGUGGACGAGUUUAUCUUGCCAGAUGGUGCAGUGAUGACGGUUCGUUCUGCCUUGGUGGACUCCACACCACAGACAACAUUGGUUUAUAUCGAUGGUCUUGUUGUGUGUGAGUAUCGUAUUCUAGAUCGAACCGCACAGCUCGUCAUUUCAGCUGUCGGUACGGAAUUCGAACAUACAGCAUCACAUGUGCCAACCUUCCCAGUGAUCGAGAUCUUCCUUUCCUCAUCCGGCUUGCCGCAGACGCCUAGACACGACAUAUCCGUGAAAGAUAUGUGGGCGACUGUGUACGCACUUUUCACUCUGUACCACGUUCAAGAAACAAUCCCGGUCGUACUGUCUCAACAAAUUAGUAAUUGCGAGGAGCUAUGCUCGUAUUUACUUCGAUCUGGUCUCGGGCGCACGGCACAUGCGCCUACAGCCUCAAAGGAGGAAAUGUACUUGCACAGAGCUACGUUCUGGCAAGGUGCGGGAACGCAAGGAUACCACCCUCGUGGUUGGUUACCUCCCUCGUCGAUAUCGCCACUUUCAGUUGCACCCUUUCCUUAUAUCCAGUCAUUCACCCGCACACCCACCGUCAUUGCCGUGCACCCUCUCCGUCCCCAGAAGCCCGAACCGGGAGAGAUAAUAUUAAGGCGAUUUUGUCCAUCUAUAGGAGAGACUCUAGAGUUCAAGUACUUUGAUCUCAGGAGCGGCUCGGAAACUUCAGAGCAUCUGGAUGUGUUUCAUCGUUGGCACAAUUCAGAGCGAGUGAACAGGGGCUGGGGAGAACGCGGAUCGCUGGAGAAGCACAGAACAUAUAUCACGAACGUAAUGAAUGACCCUGCUGUUUUGCCUGUAAUGAUGAGUUGGAACGGCGAACACAUGGGGUAUGCGGAGAUCACGUAUUUAAAGGAAAAUCAUGUGGCGGCCUACAUUCCCGGCGGUCUUGGGGACUGGGACAGGGGCCUCCAUGUCCUUGUUGGAGAGGAUAAGUUCCGUGGCACCGAACGAACUAACUUGUGGCACCGUGCUUUGAUACACUACUGCUUCUUGGCGGACCCCCGCACCGAACAUGUCAUGGGGGAGCCUAAAGCAGAUAAUGCUUCCAUCCUCAAAGUGGAUUUUGACUCUGCCAUGCAUAUUGCAACAAUCUUUGACUUCCCCUAUAAACGCUCCGCACUCACGUGCGUAACCAGAGAGCGCUUCUUCAGGCUAGACUUACUGUGAGGAUGUUGGUAAAACAUCCUGUAAAUAUAGAAAUCGGGCUUAGUCGAGAUAGACUAUUUGUUUGGUGAACACGAGAACAAGGAUUGCCUUCUUUCAGAUCA